AUGGAGCGUUUCAAAUAUCCAGUGCGUGGUCAUCAUAUUUUGGAUGGCAAAAUCCUCUAUGAGAUGAACGUUUGGGCAUUCCGUGAGGAAGUUGCUCUCGUUCAGCACGAGCCCAAGCUCCAUUCCGGUAUUAUUCGUGAGAACAUCGCCAUGGGUGUCCCCAACGAAGACACCUCGUCAGUAUCCGAAGACGACAUCAUCCAAGCCUGA